UUAUCCUCCAUUAAAUGGGUAAAGUUCCGACUUCCAGGCUCCAAGCGGCCUCCGCGGCGGUUGCGCGGAGCGCGCGCACCCAGGGCGGGGCUUCGCCAGGCGGGAACGAAGGCCCCGCCCCGUCCCGCACCCGGCUGAUUUAAGACCGGUUGUGUCUACGCUGGCGGGAGCGCCCAUCCCGGGCAGGCCUGGGCCUCAGCGCUCUGGCAGCGAGCUGUACAGGUUAGCGCUCGAUGACCCGGAGCUCGCGGCCACGCCGCGCUCGCCCUUAGGACUCCUUGGCGGCCCAGACGGUAGGACGGCGCCGGAGAGCGCGUUCUGCAUCUUGAUCAUCUCCGGCCUUGGAAGGGUCACCUCUUGUGAAAACAGUCGGCACGAUCAAUCUGCGUCCAGUGCAGCGUGCAGGGACGGCUGGAGGGCUCAAGCACGCCUGCGUCAGAGCUCGGCGCUCCUGCGCGUGUGGCCCCGGCUGCCUGCGCAGGGUGGGGGUGCAGCCUGAGGUCACCUCCUGUGGUCGCAGAAGGCGGGCGGCUCUGCUGAGGACCCCAGGGCGGUUGAAACCCUCGUGGCUGGGUGCCUAACUGACCCGCAAAACUUUAUUUAUAAUACCAAAAGACCCAGAUGGCGUCCGGAGAUUUCUGCUCGCCUGGAGAAGGGGUGGAAAUACUGCAGCAAGUGUGUGACAAGCAGUUUCCUCCGUGUGCCCUGACGGAGGAGGACCUCAUACAGAAUCCGUAUUUCAGCAAGUUGUUGCUCAGUCUCGCCCAGCACGUGGACGAGAGUGGCUUAAGCCUCACGCUGGCCAAGGAGCAGGCUCAGGCGUGGAGUGAAGUUCGACUUCGUAAGACAGCAUGGCUGAGGUACGAGAUCUUACAGAGAGUUAUCCAAGAGCUGCUGGUGGACUACUAUGUGAAGGCCCAAGAUACAAACCUAACCUCCGAAGACAAAAAGUUUCAUGAGACCCUUGAACAGCGGCUGCUUGUAACUGAGCUGACACAACUUUCCGGUCCUGGGCGGGAGAAGGAGAUGCCCCCACUGCUAGGGCUGGAGAAGGCCGAUCUCCUGGAGCUCAUGCCUCCCUCACAGGAUUUCGUGUGGAUGAAGGCUCGGCUCCAGCAGGAGGUGGAGGAGCAGCUCAAGAGGAAAUGCUUCUCUCUACUGUGCUACCAUGACCCCAGUUCAGAUACUGAUGGAGACAAGCUGAAAGCAGCGAAGGUCUGGACGCUGACCGAGGUCCUCGUCAGGGAGAAGCAGCAGUGCGUGGAGGCCAAGGGCCAGCAGAAGGAGCAGCUGGUGCUGCUGGAGAAGAAGAGGACCACGUACUCCCAGGUGCUGCUCCGCUGCCUCAGUUUACUGCAGAGGCUUCUUCAGGAGCACCGGCUGAAGACUCAGUCGGAGCUGGACCGCAUCAACACCCAGUACCUGGAGAUCAAGUGCAGUGCUAUGAUCCUCAAGAUGAGGAUGGAGGAGCUCAAGAUUUUGUCUGACACUUACAGUGCCGAGAAAGUGGAAGUACAUCGCCUCAUUAGGGACCACUUGGAGGGAGCCAUUCGCCUCCAAGAGCAGGACAUGGAGAAAUCGAGACUGGCCCUGCACACCUAUGAGGUCCUGGGAGAAGACUUUGAGAACCUGGUGAAGGAGUACACCCAGCUCAAACUGGCAACUGAGAACAAGCGCUGGGCCCUCCAGGAGUUUAGCAAGGCCUACCGCUGAGUUGAAUGUAGGCAGAACCAGGAAGCAUGGAUUCUUCAUGGCCACCUUCUCUUCCUGCUCAGUGGACCACCUCCACCACAGGGGAAUAUGGGGACACUUGCUUAAAACACUGCAGUCUUCACGACACCCUUUUGGUUUCUUUCUUGUUUACAGUGACUGGGUCUCUUCUGGAAAUGUAGCUAUCAGAUUUAUAAAAUUCCGUGCAUAUCUGUUUUGCCUCAGCCCCAUGUAAUAAUUUCCUGAAUAAAGUUGUAGUAUUAUGCCUUA